AUGUCACCGCCACUGAGCUCGCGAUCACGAAGCUCGUCCCUCGAUUCUGCCUUCGAUGAAGAGUAUUUCUCGAAAACCUACGUACCGUUGUCGAAUUUACCUACGCCGCCCCCGUCUUCACAUUCGAAUGUUCCAGGGAGAAGUCAAGAUAUUGGAGAUGCCCUUUUGUAUGAGGAGAAUCUGGAUCCGGAUCUAAUUGGUCCCGCAACCCACCUGACGAACCUCAUACCCUCCUCAACCUCUCUAACGGCAGCAUCCGUUCCGCUCGUCCAUUCCCUCCUAGCUAGAGCCAAACUACCACGGGAAACCGUCGCUCUAGCAUGCUUAAUGCUUGAUUCGCUAAACUGCCGUUUUGCCAUUCCAUGGAGAUCAGGAUUUCCACUACAUGCACCUUUAAUUCCAUCUGGAUUAUACUUCUUCAGGGGCCCUGAACAACAUAUUGAUACCAUUCACCCCGAGAUUAUAGUUUUUGCGGCAUUGGUUUUGGCAGUCAAAUUUCUGGAUGACCAACAGCAGAGCACGCGACACUACAUGACGGUUUGGGGGAAGGAAAUGUGGACAUGUGACCAACUCAACUAUACCAUACAAGCCAUUCACGAGAAUCUUGGGUACCGGAUCCAACCAUUAUGGAGUGAGGGGAUUAUCGCGGAGGCUUUGGAGACCAUGGAUAGAGCUGGCCGUAAUUCACAGUUACAACGGGACAAGGAAGUCGAAGACUGGGACACAGACACCUACAUUGGUUCCUACGAAAGUACCUUCCGCAGCAGCCCGAGUAGUGGCAAAGCAGUAAUCGGAAAUGGCUCGUUAAUCACACCUCUGGAAACCCCUCGAUCGGGUCUCGUUCGCGAAGUCAAAGGUGUACCCAGUCACAGAAAUCAAACCGAAAACCAACCGUACGAACCUAUUGUCUCUACACCCGACGAGGUCAAUCCACUGUUUGAGGAGAGCAUGCUUGAAUGCUUGGGUUAUGGGUUUAGGUCUGAUGACGUUGUUGGUCCCGACAACAAAUAUUCAAGGCCCGCCAAGCAUCUUCACAAUAAUCACUCAGCCUUCCCCCUCAACUCUCAGCUUCCAUUCGAAUUCAUAUCCCCCAAACCCAACUUCGAAAUGACAUCCAUCCUCCGUCAAAUCGUCGCCGGUCCCCGCAGUCGGCACCCAGAAGCCGGCCUAGAUCUCUGCUAUGUAACGGACGAAAUAAUAGCCACCUCUGGCCCGUCUGGCACCUACCCGCAACGCGCGUACCGUAACCCGCUCAAAGACCUCGUUAAAUUCCUAGACUACAAACACGGUUCCGAAUGGGCGAUAUGGGAGUUCCGCGCUGAGGGAACGGGAUACCCAGAUAAUGAGGUUUAUGGGAGGGUAUGGCAUUAUCCGUGGCCGGACCAUCAUCCCCCGCCUUUCCGGCUGGUACCUGCUAUUGUGGGGGGUAUGCGGAAUUGGAUUGUUGAGGGGAAGGAGAAGGGGAAGGAGAGGGUGGUGGUUGUGCAUUGUAAGGCGGGGAAGGGGAGGAGUGGCACGAUGGCUUGUUCGUAUUUGAUUGCGGAGUGUGGAUGGAGUGUGAGCGAGGCGCUGGCGAGGUUUACGGAGAGGCGGAUGAGACCUGGUUUUGGUCAGGGAGUGUCGAUUCCGAGUCAGUUACGGUGGGUGGGUUAUGUGGAUCGUUGGACGAAGAAUGGGAAGUUGUAUGUGGACAGGCAGAUUGAGAUUAUGGAGGUUCAUGUCUGGGGGCUGCGGGAUGGGGUUAAGGUGCAGGUUGAGGGGUUUGUGGAUGAGGGAAAGACAAUCAAGGUUUUCCAUGUUUUUACGAAGAAGGAGAGGGUGGUUAUUGAGGGGAAUGCGCCGGGUGGGAGUGGGAUCAAGGAUAUGGUUUCUGAUAUGGCGGGGUUCCAGAAUGAUGGGAAGAUUCCUAAAGCUAAUACAGAACCACUUCCUACGGAUGUUGCUUCGUCGUCGAGUGCGAAACCGGCACCUCAAGUUAUUGACGCCAAUACCUCCACACCAACAACAAACUCCAGCAACGAGAACGAAGAUUCAGAAUCAGGCGGUACCGCAGUCAUCUUCAAGCCCUCAACCCGAGUAAUUCUCCCCACGAGCGAUGUCAAUAUCGAUUUCGAGCGCAGAAAUAAAGCAUCGAUGGGCUGGACCAUGGUUACAGCUGUAGCACACGUGUGGUUCAACGCGUACUUCGAAGGACUUGGCCCCGAACAAUCCGGUAAACCUAACUCUGACGGCGUCUUCGAGAUCGAAUGGGAUAAGAUGGAUGGCAUCAAAGGAUCUUCUCGCAAAGGCACGCGCGCAUUCGAUCGUCUCUCUGUCGUCUGGAAAGCGUACGGCGAUGAGGAAAUUCGUGAACCUGGUAUUGAUUCUCCUGUUCCUCAAACUAGACCAGCCGAUUGGAAGGGCGGAAACGAGACGGCUCCUGAGCAUGGGAAGUUAGGAUUACGCGCCGAAAGGGAGGGGAGUGCAAAUGUCAGCAAGGCCAGUAGUUUUAUUGCCGAUGCGGAUGCAGAUGGGGAUAGUGAGGAAGGCGUCAAGGCUUGUGGACCAAGUGGCGAGGAUAUGGUUGACUUGGUUGAUGAGUUGCCGACCGAGAAGCCUCAGAUCGAGGGAACGUAUCCGUUGAAUACACAAUCGCCUACAUCAGGUAGUGGUACUCCAAUAAUCCACACUGCGGAUCUUCCAGGUGGUAUUGCGGAGGACCAGAUGAAGACGCCGCAUGAGCAUAAAUUGGGCCAUCUGAAAGCCGCGAGGAAGGUUGUGGAUUCGUGA